GCGUGGGGCCGGGUAGCUAGCAUGGGCAAGGUCAGCGGCGGGGCCCAACUCACGGCCAGGCUGCGGCACGAUGGUCGGGGUGACUUGGCGCCUCACUCAGUGUCUUGCAUCGCUCCCAGCUACACCUAACUCUCGACUCGGAGCUCAGGUGUGAGCGGCAGAUAACUUCGCCUCUCCAACCUGUGGCCAGUCUAUCCCGAAACUCAACAACGUAAGGACGUCGUCGCUCCGUCUCCCUCGCGGUUUGAAUGAGAAGCCUCCCGGCGUAGCGAGCGAACAGACUCACCCCUCGUCACGCCCCGGUCGAAGCGUUCUCCAGUCACACAAGCGUUCAGAGCCGCGAUAACCUCUUCGUGCAAGCCUACAGAGUGCAAGGAAAGUCAGAAACCAUGGCUGGCGAAUCCACCAUAACCCAAACGGACCCUGAGAUUGUCCCGGUCCAGGAGGCAUCCCAGGACGGCCUGCCCCCAGUAUGCAAGUCCCGGCUGUUCACGUGGCGGCUGCUGGGGGCGGUGCUGGCCCUCCUGGUGGUGCUGGGCUGGGUGUUCAUCAUCGUCAUGCUCAUCCUGGAGGAGAAGUGGCAGCUGGUGUUAGUGGCGUGGCUGCUGCUAUACUCCGCCGCCCACUUCUGCUACUGGUACUGCAAGCGGCAUUCACUUAUUACUCUACACAGACAGCAGAUUCGCCUGCGAGUGCUGACGCGCAUGCGGUCAGGCGAUUCCAGCGAGAAGUCUGAGGACACGCCGCCGACCUACGACGAGGUGAUGGACACAGAGGCGCCGCCGCCCGCCUACUUCACCGUCGUGGCGGAAACCAACAAGCCCCGCGAGUCCUCCCCGCUCCCCCAGGGCGCGCCCGCCGUGCCCACCGUCUCGGGAUUCCUGCAGCAGGGCACCGUGGCCACCGACGCCAAGGAGUACCUGCAGUGCCCGCCGGAGUACCAGACCCCGCGGCACAUGAGGAAGCUGUCCCCGCGCAUCCUGCCCGCCGUGCACCAGACACGCGCGCCCACGGACACCGCCGUCACCGCCACCGCCGCCGCCACCGCCAUCGCCACAGUCGCCGCCGCCCUUACCGCGGCGGUGCCGUGCCAAGUCCCCGACGAGGCGGAGGAGGCGCUGGAGGAAGACCCCAUCCGAGGCCCCAUCGUGAGGCACCUCAGGUCGACGACCAUCGCCACGCUGGACGUGUCGUCGGCGGAGGAUGUCACACCCAUCGUCACGCCCAUCGUUACUCCCAUCGGCACGCCGUCGGUAUCGAGAAGCCCGAGCCCCGUGAGCCACGACCACGACGAGAUUGACCUGCAGGCACCGCUCCCCGCCACCCCUGGCUUCCCCUAGGCCCAGGCCGGCUGUGCCAUACUCUAAAUUAUACAAUAAAUUAUCCAAAUGUUGCGGGUGAUAUAAAAGGUACAAAGUGUUGUACUAUGCAACGGUGUACAAAUCUCGUCAUCUUUGUUGUGAUGUUGUGAUCACGCGCUCAAGGUUACUCUUGUUACCAGUAGUGUUAAGGUUAGCCUAAGUGUUGUUGUGUUGUGCAGUGUUGUUACUUGUUGCCGCGGCGCCGCGCGUGUCCUCGCGGCCCGCGGGAAGCCAAGUGUUCUGUGAUGUCGCCUGUAUAAUGUUACAUAGUACCUAACAUAAGUAUUUUACUACAGAACAAAAAACUUUCAUAAAAAGAAUAUAUGAGCAAAGAAAUUA